GGAAGGGGAAGGGGCCGCGGGGCGACAGCGGGAGUUGGCAGCGGAGCGCGGAGAGGAGCGGAGGGGCUGGCGGGGCUAUAAGCCAUGCCUGUUUCAGCUGAUGAAACUGUGGGGGACCUGCCUGUGAGAGAUACGGGUCUAACUCCAUCUGGAAUUGAAGGAUUACAAGAAUCAUCAACCUCACAGAACGUAAAAGCUCUACAAGCUGUACAACAAAUCAUUCGAGAAGAACUGGAGGACAGGUUUCUUCGUAUACAUGAUGACCACAUCUUACUCAAGCAACAUGCAAAUAAGCAAGAGGAGAAAAUUAAAAGGGAGACUGUGGUUGAGUCCCAAAGGAAACACAUUGAGGAACUAGAACAUGUCAGAGAUACUUGUGAGUCAACUAAGAAGGAAAGAAAAGGAAAUUGAAGAAUCCAUCCUAUGGCUGAUAGAGCAGAGAACAGCAAGCCAAAGAUUUAAACUCCUAGAGGAAACUCCAUAAAAUGGUAUACUACUACACCAAAUACUUCAGAAGGUGGAAAAGUGAAUGGAAAACAAAUCAUCUGUUUAGGCUAAACGUUCAGGACAAUGUGGAACUGAUCAAGGUCCAUUAACAACUGGUUGAGAAAAGCAGUGCUCUUUCAGCAGUGGGAGGAAAAUUUCUCAAGCUUCAAGAGAUAAUUGCAAUUUGAGCCUAAGCGAUUUGAAGACCUUCCAUGACGUUUUAUUAGCAAAGGUGAUGAACUGAAUGUACAUCCUAAAGAGGAGCAGUUAAAAUGCCUUCAUCUUCAAAACAAAUUGAAAUCAGUCACCAUUUCAAAGAGAAGGACAGAAGAGCUGAUUUCUGAAAGUUUUUCACAUGCCAUAUGUUUUAUUGGAGUGUCUUCUGUAUGACCCAUGAAUGGCAGUGGAAAUCAAAGGAACAGCAGCUGAAACUGCAAAUUGCUAAACUAGAGACAGCUAUCACGUCUGAUAUAGCGGACAAUGAAAUCCUUGACAAGAUCAAAGUAGAAACAGGAGGUUAAACAAGAAAGGCUAGCAGAUGAUAAGGUGGAGGAGAUGGCUGAAGAAAUUCAACAGGAGAAAGAAGAGCUCUCACAUCUGUCGGAGGAGCAGUUAGCUGACCAAACAUCAAUUACUUCUGGAGACGAGACAAAAAUAACUGAAGAAUUGGAACCAGAAGAUCAAGAUGCUAGACAAGAUGAGGAUGCUGUUGAAUCAAUAAAAACUGACAGCAAUGAUGGUAUUAUUUCAAGUCCAGUAUCCAUGAUUAUUAAACAGCUGAGUCAGUGAUCAUGGCAAUUAUUUGUCAAGACAGAAAAAGAUUUUAAGCUUAAUGUCCUCUAACAGUAGCUUUGCUAUAUACAUCACUUUUCAAUAAAGUUGUACAUGCACAGUCUCCAGUCACUUCAGUUGUGCUUCUUUUUCUAUCACUGUUUGUUCACUAAUGAUGUCUCCUUACUCUUAAAACCAGCAGUUAAUUAGCAUGAAGUCAUAUAUACAAAAUAGCAUAAUACAAAUUUGGAAAAUUUACUUUGAACAAUAUUUCCAUAGGAUAGUUCUCUAAAAAAAAAUAAAUAAAAUAAGGUAUUUCAUACUUUUAGAUCUAACAUUGACUGAACUGUCUUAAAAAAUACAAAACCAGUACUUAAAAUUGAUGAUAGUACCUCUAACAGUUAAUACUUUUCUCAUCUGUCUUAGCCUUCUUUUCAGAGACCAGAGGUGUACUGUUAGAUCCUAUCAGUCUUCACGGUUUUUAAUGCUCUGCAAUGUGAUAUCCUAGAGGUAGUUUGAUUUUUUUAAAUUUUUUUUCCAAGGCGUGAGACAUCUUACAAAGCAACUAACAAGAAGAAGCAACUCUUUGUGUGGGAAAUAUUGCUCCUUCUUUUUUAAGCCGUAGAAGGGAUUCAGUAAUGCUAUCACCUGUAUAUUCGUCAGAGAGAUACAAAAGGUACUUUGGAAGAAAGAAUUGCAUUGUUUAAAAAAUUUUCACCUGUAAUUUUGAGAACUAAAAUGACUGCUGCUCGUCACUAGUAAGUCAAACCAUAAUACACUUGUUCUAUACUUCUGUAGUCAUCCUGUAUUUUAUUUUAUGACAGUUAUUUAAGAACACUUGUGAGAGAUUUUUGUGUGUAGAUUCAUUUCAGGUUCAUCAAUUUCUACCUCUCUGCAUUGAUCUCCUCCUCUGGUAACAAAGUGUAUGUUCACAAAGGGUAGAUAAAACAAUAAAAGCUAUAAACUAUUAAGACAACAUGUUUGAUACAAAUUGGAUUUUAAAAAUAUGCCUUGGUUUAUUUGAAUUCGUGGGUUAAUUAUAGAAUACAGCAUGUCAAAAUUGUUAUUGAAUUUGUAUUUUUUCAAGAUUAAAAAUCACUGCCUUUUAUCUUUUGAGAUAAAUAUCCUGCUGGUAAUCAAACACUGUAAAUAAGACUUGUGAUUUUUAGAGAUCGUUAUGCUAAUUAUCCUAUAAAUCUGAGUUGUAUGCCAAACUGUUUAAGCCAUUUAAGAUCAUACUGGGGGUUUUUUGCAUGUUGCAAAUUAGACAGUUCAUGGUUAUUUCUUAGAUAUGUUGAUCAUAAAGGGUAUCUAACAGAUUUUCCAGUACUUAGCUGUACCACUUGCUUCUUUCUCUUUUCUUCUUGUCUAUGAUGUAUGAUUAAUCAUAGAUUACUUCAUUUUGUUUCAUUUCAUUUACAACAUUUAUGAGCUUCACUUUGUCGGUAUGAAAUGCUUGUCCCCUUCUUUCCUUUCCAAAGUGGCAUAAUUAGUGUUAGCAUCUUUUUUAACAGGCUACAUAAAGUUUAGUGGCUGGAUUAAAUCAAGUCAUUAACAUAAUGUGCUAUACAAUUUGCCCCUAUCUCUUUUCGUUUCCAGUACAUCAAAGUGCCACAGAGUGCCAGUGUAAUUGGGCCUUGCUAGCUUGUCAGGUUCAGUCAGGCUGAUGGCUGCUGCUUUUACUAAAAAGCUUCCAGGCAUGAUAAUUAAUAGAGAAAAGAAGUCUGAGAAAUGUAAAAGUUUGGACAGUUCUCUAUGAAUAUUUCAUACAUUUGAAUAAUCAGAAGUUAACAUUAUCAAUUUGAUGUAUAAUACAUUGAUUAAAAGCCUUGUUUCAGAUCCUCAAAAUAGACAUCAAAACUGGGAAUUUGCAUUUUCUUUGGCAUGGUCUUUAUAUUAAAAAAAAAAAAGUCUUUUCCAACCCCUCCUCCCUUUCACCCCCAUGUCUACACUGUAUCAUUACAGGAGAUUAUACAGCUUUCAGUUAUCACAAUAAAAUUUACUGCUGUCAGCUUCCAA